AUGAUUGAAUUAUCAGACGACUUCGACGACCUCGUAUGGGAUAGGAAUGAAGCAGAAUGGGAGGUAGUGCAGCCAAAGCUUCGCCAGUCGGCUACACUAUACGCUGUCGAGGACCUCGGGACAGCGAUGUUCGGAAGUACCGCGAAAUGGGUCAGUCCCAUGAGCAUCGGAGGCUACAAUAUCAUAUAUAGACUCAAAGUUGAGGGAUUUGACUCUGAGGUCUUACUGCGACGACCUAUCCCAUGUUACGCCCAAUUUCCUGUUGAGAAAACCUUGAUUGAAGCUGCAACGAUGAUGUACGUCAAGAAGCGCACCAAGAUCCCGGUCCCUCAGAUCUUCUUCCAUGGUGAAGACCCGAAUUUGGGGCCAUAUAUCAUUAUGGAAUAUACCCAGCAUUUUCAGUGUAUGUCUACAGCUCAGAACGCCACAAACGAGGACAAGUCCAUACCGUUCACCUUGAACCCCAAUAUAUCCGUGGAAGUCCUUGAAAAUCACUAUCGGCAUGUGGCGGUAUGCUUGCUUGAACUUUCGCAACACAUAUUCCCUCGUAUCGGAUCACUGGUCGAGGUCAAACCCGGUACUUUCUCAAUCGCAGCAAGGCCUGUUACGAAGAAUAUGAACGACAUGCUUCAACUUGCAAAUAUUCCAGGCGUGAUUCUCCCACCGCAGUCAAAGACUUAUCAAACGGCUGAUGAAUAUUAUACAUGGCUUGCAGAAAUGCAUAUUGCCCAGCUCGUCUUUCAGCAAAACGACCUCGUCAGAACAGAACAUGAAUGCAGAAACAAAUACGUCGCUCGACACGUCUUCCGCAGACUCGCCCGGGACGGGAAGCUCUCAAAAUUUGGCUUCAAAGAGGAUGACUGGUCAGCUCAGUCCAAAACAACCAAAGGCAUGGACUUAUCCCCAAUGCCUUCAAAUUCCGAUUCAUUCCGUCUAUAUUGCGACGACUUCCGCCCAUCAAAUAUUCUCCUUUCAUCGUCAGACACAAUCUCUGCAAUCAUCGACUGGGAAUUCACAUACGCCGCCCCAAGUCAAUUCUCCCUAGACCCUCCAUGGUGGCUACUUCUCGACACACCCAACCAGUGGGACGCCGGUCUCGACAACUGGACCACACUCUACGAGCCACGGCUGGAAACCUGGCUUUCAGCAAUGGAGAAAGCUGAACACGACACCAAGUUGAACAGUGGAAUUACCAGUGUCCCGUUAUCGACGUACAUGCGAGAGAGCUGGGAGACGGGCAGAUUCUGGCUGUCGUAUGCUGCGAGGAAGAGCUGGGCGUUUGAGAUUGUUUACUGGAAGUAUUUAGAUGAGAGGUUUUUUGGGGCGCGUGAGGAGGGACUUCCGAGGGAUUGGUAUUGGAAGGCGAGGAUUGGGCUUUUGAGUGAGGAGGAGAGGGAUGCGAUGGAGGGGUUUGUGGAAUGGAAGAUGGAGAGUAGGAAGGAGCGGAAGAUUGUGGAUUGGGACCCCGAAGAUGCUAAGAGUCGGUUUGCGGAGAUGCUUUUUGAUUGA